AUGACGGAAAUGGAAUAUGCUACGGCAAAGAUCUGUGUCCUUGUCAACACGAAGAUGACAAAGAACUUCGACUCUUUCGAACAACCUACGACCCAAACUUUGCGGGUAAGAAGAUGUGGAUCAACACCAGCUUCGACUAUUUUAGUCGCUUACGCUACAACAUCAAGCUACAAAGAGGAAGCAGUCGGAACUAUCGAUAUAGACGUGGAAAAAUUCUAUAGAGAAGACCAUACCUUCUACAAGGUCAAAGUUGACGAUUUCAACGCCAAAAUUGAUUCCAAAAGAGCGUCUGAGAGACUUCAAAUCGUAACCCACGACCUACAAUAG